AUGGAUGCUGUUUGUCUGCUUCCACCUACUGAAGGUGACGGCGGACUAGCUCCAUGGAUGGACAACUGGAAUCCUGGAGAUAGGAUAUACUAUUCUUUCCCCAUGAGUCAUGGUGCUGGUAUACUCAUGGAUGUUGUCAUCCCUGCGCUAUACAGUCUACAGUGCAUUCUCGGCCCUCCAAGUGUUUUGCUUGAUCUUGGAUUGCUCGAAGCACGCGCAGACCAUGCCAAUAUCGACAUCUGGAGCAUGGUACCUUCACUUGCAGUUGAGUUGGGUGAACAUCUAGAUGUAUUGUCCAAGUUCAAACCUUCCAAGUUCAUCUGUGCCUCAGGUGGUCCUGUCAGUCCACUCAUUGUCUCUGAAGUCAACAAGGUGGUCAGGGUCCUCAAACUGACCGGUACAACCGAAGGCCUCUUCAUUGGCAGCUUAUGGGUACCCAGAGAAGACUGGCACUGGUUUGCCUUCCAUCCCUACUCAGGAUUUGAGUUCAAAGAAAUCCACCCCGGCAUCUUUGAACAGUGGAUACACCGUAAUGAGCAUUGGAAACUAUUCCAAGGCAUUUUUCACACUUUUCCUGAUGUUGACUCUGUCAACCUCAAGUACAUGUAUGUCCGACACCCUGACAAUCCCAACCUCUGGGCUUUUACGAGUCGCAGUGACGAUGUUGUUGUCUUGUCCAAUGGCUACAAGAUCUCACCUCUAGACACGGAAGCAUUGAUCUCUACACAUCAUGAAAUUGAAGGAUGUCUGUUGAUCGGUUCCGGAAAGCCUCAAGCUGGCUUACUCAUCGAGCUCAAGGAUCCGUCCGAGAGAAACAACGAGCUCUUUGACAGCAUAUGGGCUAUGGUUGAGAGAGCGAACAAUUCCACCUUUCAGAAGACUCGAGUCCAAAGAGAUUGCAUCGCCUUUGCGGAGGCGGAUAAACCAUUCAUACCCACCAACAAGAGGACCGUCAAGCUACGUGCGACUUUGGAACUCUAUACAUACAUGGUUGUGCUGUCCAUCUAG